GAAACUCGCGGAACCCUAGGAUUCGGGUCGAACUGUAGCCUGGACAGAAACAUGCUCUAUGCGCCCAUUGGAAAUUAUAAGGACAUGGUGGUGGCUGUGAAGCAGGUCCGAUGGACGCACGUGCAGCUGGGAAAGAAAGAAAUGCUGCAGGAUCUCAAAGUGGUGAAGGAUUUAUCCCACGACAACAUUAACCAGUUCGUGGGCGCCUAUGUCUCCCCAACGCCUGGCUGUAGCUACAACGAUGACAUCAAGCUGGAUUGGAUGUUCAAGCUUUCCUUCGCUCUCGACCUCGCCCGGGGCAUGGAAUAUAUACACAAAAGCGCUUUGCGUUCCCAUGGCAACCUCAAGUCCAGUAACUGCGUCAUCGACAGUCGUUGGGUGCUGAAAAUUACCGAUUUCGGGGCCAUUACGUCAUACAAGAAACCAGGCGUGGACGACGAUGUGGAUAACCGGGUUUAUUACAACAGCCUUCUCUGGACAGCACCCGAAAUUCUGAGAAUGCCCAAGCGACCCCACAAGGGGACCCAGAAGGGGGACGUGUACAGUUUUGCCAUCAUCCUUCAGGAGAUCUUCUUACGUUGCUACCCUUACUUCUAUAAUAACGUAGAUCCUGAAAAUAUCAUCACCCUAGUGAGGAGUGAAGGACACACCCGCCCCUACCGCCCUGUCAUCCCCAACGAGACUGACUCCCCGCCCAAAGCUCUGUCCCUGAUGGUCUCCUGCUGGUCAGAGCUGCCUGAAGCCAGACCGGACUUCCACAACAUCCGCAAGAGACUCCGCGAGAUGAAUGGACCUAAGCGGCUGAACAUCAUGGACAACAUGCUGCAGAUGCUGGAGUCGUACAGCAGCAACCUGGAGCAGCUGGUCAACGAGCGAACAGAGGAGCUCGAGGCCGAGAAGAAGAAGACGGACACCUUGCUCUUUCAGAUGUUGCCCCCGUCAGUGGCUGAGCAGCUCAAAAGUGGCCUGUCGGUGACUCCGGAGUCGUUUGACCAUGUGUCCAUUUUCUUUUCUGACAUCGUGGGUUUUACAACAAUUGCCAGUGAAAGCAGCGCUCUGGAGGUGGUCAACCUGUUGAAUGAUCUCUACACAUGUUUUGAUGAGGUUAUCGCUAGAAGGGACGUCUAUAAGGUGGAGACAAUCGGAGAUGCCUACAUGUGCGUGAGCGGUUGUCCCCGGAAGAACGGAAGUCGCCACUCUGGGGAGAUAGCCAACAUGGCGCUGGACCUCAUCUCCACAGUGACCCACUUUAAGAUCAGCCAUAUACCGGAUGAGAUUCUGAAGCUGCGGGUGGGACUACACACCGGGCCUUGUGCUGCUGGUGUGGUGGGUCGAACGAUGCCAAGGUACUGCCUCUUUGGCGAUACUGUGAACACAGCCAGCAGAAUGGAGUCUACUGGAAUAGCACUGCACAUCCACAUGAGCAAACAGAUGAAGGAGGCCUUAGAUGAACUGGACUGGGGUUUUCUCAUGGUCGAGAGAGGCUACAUCGAAGUCAAGGGAAAAGGCCUGUUGAAGACCUACUGGUUGGCGGGCAAGAAAAACUACCUGAAGCCUUUACCAGAAUGCCUU